ACGAAGAGCACGUAUUCUGCGUAGAUAAAAAUUAAAUUGUUUUAAAAACGCACAAUGCUAUAAAAAAUCAAGUUAAAUGUCAGUGAGAUACAAGUCUUGGUGUGCGCCAAUGAGUGUUUAAUGUAAUUUGUGUUUUGAUUCGUAUGCAUUAAUAAAAAAAAUUGAAGCAGCGUGUGCUGUAAAUUUGUACAACUUAUAAGCGUAUUUAAGGCUUCGUGUGUUGUUGUGUGUGAGUGUGCGUGAAUUCCGACCGACGACGACGCCGACGCAGCAGCUGCUGAGCCACCAUUUUACCGAAGAAGCGCAGAGAGAAAAGGGUGCAAAGCGUACAAAUUAAAGGCGACUGGCCGACUAAAUAAAUCAUUUGUGUUAAAUUAAUUCUACACAAGCAACAAAAGCCCUCAAAAUGGCCAGUUUCCAAGUGCAUUUGGAUAACAACGAAAAGGAGAAUCCCGUCAUGGUGGGCAAUAACCAAAAAUUGCCAUUUGGUAGUAAGCAGCCGCUUGCCGCUUUAGGAGCACGCAAUAAUAUCAAACAAGCCAAUGUGGCGCCCCAAAAAAUGGGACUGCGUGAGGUUGCCAAGCCAAAACUACUGGAUGAGAACUCGCUCUAUGCUGGUGUUAAGAAAUCAAAUGUUGUGCCUGUGGUGGAGCAGUUCAAGAGCUUCUCUGUUUACGAGGAUAACCAUGAUACGCAGUUGAUAUCAAAUGGCGCGCAGAAACAGCAGCAGGCUAACAAUGAAGAGAAGGAGAAUAUCUCUCGCUAUCUCUCCAAUAGCGAAGUGUUGGAUAUACAGCAGAGUUAUGAUAUGGACGGCACGCCCAUGUCUGUAACCGAUGUGCUUUCACCCAUGUCUGUGGAUCGCUCCAUGCUGGAUAGCAGUCAGCUUAUAAGCGUCGACGACAGCACCACUUCGGCUGAUGUUUCUACCAAGUCUGACAUCUUGGAGUUGCCGCCGUUGCCACGCAAUGAUCGUCAGCGCUUCUUUGAGGUUGUUGACUAUCAGCAGGAUAUAUUGGCAUAUUUCCGCGAGAGUGAGCUGAAGCAUCGCCCAAAGCCGCAAUACAUGCGCCGCCAGGUGGACAUUAAUCACUCUAUGCGCAGCAUUUUGGUGGAUUGGCUGGUUGAGGUGGCCGAAGAGUAUAAACUCGAUACGGAAACUUUAUAUUUGGCUGUCGCUUAUAUGGAUCGUUUUCUCAGUCAAAUGUCCGUCAAGCGCGCCAAGCUGCAAUUGGUGGGCACUGCAGCCAUGUAUAUUGCAUCCAAAUACGAGGAGAUCUAUCCACCAGAUGUAGGCGAGUUUGUAUUUCUCACUGACAAUACCUAUACGAAGGCUCAGGUGCUGCGCUUGGAGCAAGUGCUGCUCAAGAUACUCUCCUUCAACUUGUGCACGCCUACAGCUUACGUGUUUAUCAAUACUUAUGCCGUUAUAUGCGAUAUGCCCGAGAAGCUCAAGAACUUGACUUUGUACAUUGCUGAGCUGUCCUUGUUGGACGGUGAAUCGUAUAUGCAAUAUUUGCCUUCAAUGAUGUCAGCGGGUGCGCUUGCCUUGGCGCGUCAUAUGUUGGGUCUGGCGAUGUGGACGCCACAGCUGGAGGAGAUUACCACAUACAACAUGAAGCAGCUCAAGGAUCUAGUGCUCAUGCUAUACCAGACACACAAGUCUGUCAAGUCGCAGAAUACACAGGCCAUACGGGAAAAGUACAAUAGGGACAAAUACAAGAAAAUUGCUUCAACUGAGUGCAUUGAACUAAAUGAGGCACACUUCGAUGCAUUGAUGCAACAGGAGGAACAGCAGCAACGGCCGAACGAGAAUUCGCAGAAACAAUUUGUUUUAUAAGUUUUAAGUGUUUUUCUUUUAUUCUUUUACGUCAUCAUCAAGCCAUGAUAAAAUUGUAUUGUAGUCUUACAUUUACUCUAUGUGCACACUUAUGUAGCUUGUAGUAAUUUUAAUUUUGUUGUAUGUGUAAGUACAAGUAAUUUAGUAAUUGCUGCCCCACGCAUGCGCGCACACAAACACGCUAGAAACACUGCCAACAUCCAAUAGCUGCGCAAAUUGAAACUCUGGCCUGGCUAUAACACAAGAUCCAAAAUCUCAAAGCGUACUGGACAAUUUUAUAUGCCAGCUGGACAUAUAAGAGAUGUACUAACUGCCUACGAACAAGGAGCCUUAGAAUUCAAAUCACACUGCGUGCAACAAAAACAACAACACAACAAUGGAAGCAGAAAGAAAAUUUAUAUAAAUUUAAAUAUAAUCGUAGAAAACCACAAACGUAGGCUAAUGGCUCAAAAACAGUUUUCUUUUUAGUUAUGGAAUUUGAACACAAUCAUUUCUGAAGAUGUCAAUUUUUAACAUUUUACGUAUUUAUAUAAUAACUUGUAUAACCAGAUACAUAUAUCGUAAAAACGUAACUGUUAUUUUUGGGCCGAGAUUUAAUACAUAUAUCUAACUUACGAAUCUUAUAUACAUAUACAAACGAUAUAGGCUAUAAAUGUUCUGUGAACCAAC